UUCCUGUAAACUCACUACACUCCCCUCUUUAUCCACAGGGCCACCACCACGUACUCCACUCUUCUCUGAUCUUCGACGUCGCCGUUGCCGUCGCUGUCACCGUCCAGCCCAGCACUCGCUACCAAUCUCCGCCCAUCUCCCGACAUCGUUCUUAGCCUCUCUCUCCUCGUCGUUCAUUCGCAGUAUCCCUCUUCUCUCUUCGAGUCGUUCGUUAUCAGCCUUAGUGCGCCAUCGUUCUCUCUGCCGUCGUCGUGGCACCCGCGGGCGUCGUCGUUCUCACUCCUCAGCGGCGUCAUCCUUAGCAGGCAUCGAGCUGUGGCAUGGAUCUCAGCGAGUUGAGCGUCGACGUCAGCGCCGUGGUGCUCCGCUCCCCUCCCCCCUUUAUCCUCCACUUCCAGAGUUCCAAUGGAGUCUCAGCCUCAAUGGCACCAAAAUGGUGUUGCCACUUAAUGAUUGGAAACAACCAGUUGGUGAGGCAGCUGGCCUCUUAGGACAAGCUCUUGGACAAUUGGGUGCCAAUUUCGCUCCUGAUCUCCAUUUCAAUCCUUGUGAAUUUGAAGCAUUGAUUAGAGUGGUUCCAGAUGCUGCAAGGGAAUCUCAUGAUCAGUUAUACAUUGCUAUGGAUAUUUCUCUAAAGGUUCAUGCAGGAAUAAGUGACCAUGAAAACAUGAGAAUAUGUUCCACAUUGAAGCAUGAAAAGUUGUCAGCUAAAACUAAAACUUCAAUAAGAAAUGCAUAUGCAAUGGGAAAGGUGAGGAUGGUAGCUUCUGAGUUUGAAAUUGUAACUAGAGUAGUGAAAAACCGGAAUGCCUCUGGGUGCGCAGAGUCCAAUGGAUUUGUGCUCUGGCAGAUGAAACAAAAAUGGGCAUUCUAUGGUAACUCUUUUCAGGUUUGGGGAGAUGGCUAUGAGCCAUACCAAAACAAAAAUGGAAGACGCAUGGACAAUUGAAGAGGUUGCAUUCAAUGUCCCAGGUAGAUUUGAGGACAGGUUCUGUCAGUUAAGCAUUGGAGAAAUUUCAUAAUUGCAGUGUUGAUAAUAUGAUCUGGAAGAUGAAAAUCUAACAAUGCGGUUAGAAACAUCAUCAAUUCAGACCAAUUAUUAAUAGCAGUCACUAGUUUUUUUUACUAUUAACGUCUAGAAUUUGAUGUACCCAUCAUAUCUUUUCUAAUAUAUAUGAAUUUCGUUUGUAUUUUGAUGCUGUUUGUUAUUACUUCUCAACAAAUGAAAUGUACACACUCCAUUGAUUGUCUAUUCAAGAAGUUUAUGCAUUGUUCACAAUAAUCAUAAAUGACUUGCUUACAAGCCCA